GGAAAAGAGUAUGUGUUUUUUUUUAACGCUGAUUUAUUAUGACAUUGCAAUUAUGAGAAAGAUUACAAAGACGAUUCGACAACCGACAAACUAUGUGCCUUAUGAAAUCUACAUCUAACUGCGUCACCUGGGCUGUCCUAUGAAGAUUCACUUCUGGUCCGAUUUACUUGCACCAUGUUGAAGAUCUCUUGCACGCAUUUUUUCUGUUGUCUGCAUUAAUAAACCGUUCUCUCCGGGAUUUGAAACCUGGAUUUCCUGAAAUAUGCAAGAAAUUGCAUAGUCUGGGAUUCGAACCCCAAACUUAGGUGUAAAAGUCUUUAGACCUUAACCAAUAGGUUACGCUGCUUCCACAAAGAGUAUGUGUUUAGUUAUUUUUUUUCUUUUUCUUUGAACAUUUAUUUGUCUAAGUACACGGGAAAUUAAUUCUUCCCCGAAAAAGAAACUUACUUUAUAUUCAAAAAAUAAAAUAUAUAUAUAUGGAAAGGCGUGAUAUGUAAUGACAUGUGUGGCAUGACAUCAUCACAUAGCAGAUAACAUACCGCGUAUAAAAAUAGCUUUAUAUUUGUAUAGAGUUUAUCUUUGAUUUCACACAUUUAAACUUUUGUUUAUCGUUGUUUGCAUAAACUUUUGAUAAAUUUUAUUGGUUGAUCUAAUCAAUUUUGGAGAAACAUUUAAUGCUAUAGAAUGAACUAUUUUGAAUAUGUACCAUACUGUUUGAUUCAAGUUUGAAAUGCUUUCCGACUAAUAUCAGAAAGUGGAUCAAUCAUCUAUUACGAACCAGCAUAUAAACUAUAUCAUUUGAAGUUCAAAUCCAAACUGAUUAAAUAGUGAAAUAGAAAAAUUAGACUCAAAACUGAUAACAAAAUCUCAAAAGAUUAUCACUAAACUAUCAUCAUUUGAUUAAAUUCUUUGCAUAAUUAAAUUUGGUUUUAUGUUAAACUGAAUCUUCUUCUAUAUUUUGAACUAAGUACCUUAAUUAGAAUUCAAGAAAAAACCUGUGUUGAAUAAAAGUCGCACAAAUAGUAAAACUGUAAAAAGUUAUAGAUCUUCAAGAACAUAUACAUAAACGAAUAUGAUAAGAUGUUUUGGACCGCCUCAUCGUGCAGACUGGUCUUGGUGCUAUCUCUUCUCAAAAUGAUACGUGGCAGAAGACUGUUGGUAUGCUUAGUAGCUGGUCAGGCUUUCUUAUAUCAGCAGAGGCGAUUUCUAAAGUUCUUUUAAUUAGUGUUUAAUUAUCAUAAUUUAAUUUAAUCAUUGUUAAUCUCGAAUUUCCAACCAAACGGAUAUCCCUUAGAUGCCUAAAUUACAAUAUUAUCCUCACAGUCAUCAGUCUCUCUCUACACGAGUGAUGUAUGCCACGUGGAAAUUGGCUUUACAUUAAAUUGGCUUUACAAUGUUAGCUUUUUUAGGUGAGAAAAUAUAUUAAGCUAGAAAAGUGUAAAUUGUGAAGCAGUUUUUUCAAUCGAAAAUAGAUAUACUACCAAUUCUUAGC